AUGGGCCAGCUUCUGCUUCUAAGGGAGGCGCUACUAGGCGGCGUGAGACGGCUCGCGGGUCGUGGGAGAGCAGUAGUGCGCGCCUAUAGAUGUAGUCACUGCCCUCUCAGCAUUCGCAACUUCAAGGGAGCGUCCUGCUGUACUAGUAGUAGUACUAGUGACCUCACGUGGGCACUCCCCUUCCUCGUCUCAUGCCCCACUAGCAGGUACGUUCUCUGCCCGGCGCCCGCGUGGUGCGUGGUGGACAGCGACGGCUUCCCCUUUUGCAAGUGCCCGGCUGGUUACGCCAUAAUCAACGGCAGAUGCGCCACAGCGUGGAGCUGGACGGCCGUGGGCACGAACGUGGUGCUCUACCCCGCCUCCCAAGACGACCCCUUCUCCCUCACACCCGUUGUGAUUCGCGCCCCGCCUCCCAACACCUCGGCCUGCGUGGAGAUACCAUCUGAGUACCAGGGUUACCAAAUGGCUCUGCGCAUCAUGUGGAACGUGGAUGACGGCGUGAAGGAUCACCUGGUGUGCGGCAAGGUGGUGUUCUGGGAGGGGCCUCGUGGCUGCACUGGCAAGAGCGUUACGUACGAGAUCCCGGGCAAUUGGACUGCUGUGAAGCCCAACAAGUUCAACUAUAAAACCACCAGCGUCAAGUGA